AUGGCGCGGCCUGCUACCUACCUCGCGCCGUUGAGCCUCAUCUUCCUCGCCGGCUCCAUCGUCCUUAUGUUCUUCAUUAUCCUCUCGGGCAUGCCCUCAUCUCCGUUGAGACAGACAUACUUCCUCCGCGCCGACACCAGCGGCAUCACCGGCGCGCGCCCUAUUACCCAGUGGGCCUACUUCUACAUCUGCGGCGAUGGAAACCGGAACUGCGGCGGCGCAAAGCCCGACCCGCCUCUGGGCUGGGCCUGGGACGCCAACCCCCAGAACGCUCCUUCCCAGCUGGUCGGCAGCUACGGUCGCCACACCACGAGCGAGUACUACUACUACAUGUGGCGCUUCGGCUGGGUCUUCUACCUGAUCGGACUAUUUUUCACCGUGCUGGCCUUUUUCGCUGGCUUCAUCGCAUGCUGUGGACGUCUGGGCUCCGCCAUCGCGAGUAUGACAGCUCUCACUGCCCUCUUCUUCUACACUCUCGCCGUUUCCCUGAUGACUGCCGUUUUCGUCAAGAUGCGCAACGCCUUCGUCUCCAGCGGCCGCAGCGCCAGCCUGGGAAGAUACGCCUUCGGCUUCAGCUGGGGAGCCUGGGCCGCGCUGUUCAUUGCUACCAUCCUGUUCUGCAUCGGCAUCCGCGGCAACAAAGACAAGGCGGCCUCCAGCGGUGGACGGAGCUGGGGCCGCAAGAAGAGCGUGCGAAGCACACGGAGCUACGACAUGGGCAGCCAACGGAGAGUCAAGGACGAUUACGCUUAG